AAUAUAAUAGCCUUUUUGCCUGUGUUUUAGGUUGAUGUUAGUAAUUUUUAUAGAAAACAAAGAGGAAAAUCUGUUCCUUUUCCAGAAAGUAUUGAUGAUAGUGAUGGCAGUGCAUCAGAAAAUAAGGUUGUAGUAAGAAAGGAAGAAGUUGAAGAUCAAGGAGGAUAGAAGCAGUGAGGGUCAUGGCAGAGAUGAAGAAUAUAAGUCAUAGAUUGUUUUGGAAGUCAGGCAUUUUGGUACAUUAGCCUAAGCCAGUUUGGAAGAUGUGUUCCAUACUAUAAGGUCAGGAAAGAUGCCAUUGCUUAUUGGCCUCACUACACUAACAAGCAAAUGCUUCAAAAAUGAUGACUAAACAUUUGGAAAGUGUGGGGUACACUGAAAAAGAAGAGUCUUGUUGAAUUUCACUUGUGCUACAAGUGAAACAUUGUUUUAAUGAUUUUUGAAACACUAAGACAUGGUUUCAGGAUUUUCUCGGCAGCAAAGUUGCAUCUGAAAUUGUCUAGUUUUUGACAUUUUCACAUGAGAGUUCCAAAUGAAAUAUAGCAGCACAAGAUGAAAUGGAAUGUUAUUAAAGCUUUUUAUUUUUUUUUAUUUUUUUAUUUUUUUGAAACACUAAGACAUUUUUACUACUUUUAAGAUAGUUAAAAUGCAUCUGAAUGUGUGUGAUGUUCCAGAUAAUUUGCCAAACAUAAUUUACCCUAAUAGAACAAUAUCAGUUAUAAAUGAUGAAACCCUAAAAAGGUCAAAGGGUCAAAUGUAUACAAUUAAUUUUGGAAAAUGAUUUUAGCCUUAAAUAUAUGUCAAAUAUAAAGCCAUUAAUUUUUUUUCUAACUGUGAUUUCAUAAUUAGUCACAUAGAGGGUUUUAACAUUUAGGGACUGACCCCAUUCACAUGCCUUUUUACACGUUCUUUUUUUCCCCCAGGAAAAAAAAAAAAAGAAAAAGAAAAAGAGAUUAAUUUUUGUCGUGACCAACCAUCGAUAAAAUUCUUAUAUGACGUUAAAAUGUUUAUUAUGACUGUAAACGAGAAUGCAACUAAAUUUAAAAUACUGUUAAAGUGACGAGGAUGAAAGGGGCUUUACUGAAUAAGAAGUCUGAAGAUUGUUAUCCUGUACACACACUGUACUUGUGAAGUAUGUAUAAAUCGAAACGUGCGUUAAUUCCCAAAGUAUGCAAGGGUGUGUCCUAAACUCCAGAACUCAACAUCUGUAAUACCACGGAAAUUACAAAACACAUGGGCAGCGUGUUGUUUUCAUUUUAGUUAAUAUGUUUUGAAAAGGAAACUCCCAUAUCUUCAAAAGAUUUAUAAACAGGACAAAUAAUAAUCCUAAGCAUUAGAACAAGCAACAGCUAAACGCAACGAUGCUGCCCAGGGUCUGUAAUUAUUUGGCCGUAAGCAUUCUGUGCUUCGCGCUGUGGCGCAGUGGCAUCGCCGGUCCUGUCGGAGCGCGUGACUCGCAGUUGAGCCUCACUGGAACAACAUGCAACGCCCUCGCGCGCUCUCUGCUCUGGAACGUGUCAGCGGUGCUCACAAUGGACCACUUGUUCAGCGGGUUCGACUGCACACAGCAAAACGCAGAGGUGCACAUCAGGACGCAAACGAUGUCUGCUUGCACACCGCAGAACUCCGGCUGCACUCACGGUACUGUCCUAAAUAUUGAUGAGAAUGAAUGCCUACAGAAAAUUCUAGAAGAUCUCCACUACUAUCGGGAAACAUUUCGAGCGUACUCGAACUCAGAGCUCACCAAAACAGUCGUUAGAAGCAUUGAUGACCUCAUGCAGAACUGUUUUUCUGUCUCUGUGAUGGACAACUCUCCAGCCGAGGUGUCCAUGGAUUACCAAAAAUCUUUUCAAGAGCGACUGCAGCUGUGCAAAGUCCUAAAGGGUUUCAACCUUCGAACAAUAACAAUAAAUCGAGUUUUCAACUACAUUUUGGCAAAAUAGCAAGUUGUUACUGGCCAGCAGUCAUUUAGCUUACUGUUACUAAAAGGAAUGAUUAUUUAUUAUUAAGUUAUUUAUUGUAUUUAAGUAUUAUUUAUUUAUGAAGUAAUGUUUUUUUUUUUUUUUGUUUGUUUUUUUUUUUUUGUGAACUUUUGUUUUGUUUCUUGCUGUUUUAUUAAAGGUGGCCAUGCAUUUCAGUAAAACUUUGUAGGAGUCAUGAUUUGUCUUUUGCAUAGUAAGAUAUCAUUUGUUAAUACUGCAAUAUAAUUUUUCUUAUAAAUUGGUGGGAAUAUGAACAAAGUCACAAUAACAAACACAGAAACUGAGUGACAAGGGUAAAUAAAACAAAAUAGCUUCAACACAAG